AUACUCACUUCAGAAAGCAACCCAAAGGGGAUUAAAUCCCGAAGAGGACGAAGGAUUGAAAAGGGUCAGCGUGGCAGAUAGGAUUUACUCCAUGCAGAACAAAAUCGAGGAGGAGAAAUACGCAGCCUUGACCCCUAAGUCAAGGUCGGGUUUGUCCACCCCGCGAUCAAGGCCAAGAUCUGGAUUUAUUACCCCAACUCAGAAGUCAUUUGAUGACACCGCCCACCAGCAUCUCAGCAUGACCUCACCUGUGUCAGCAGUCACCAUCUCAGCGACGCCAACAGUGACGCCAACAGUGACUUCAGCAGUGACAACUGCCCCCAAAGGCGGUGAUGCCUCACAACACCCGGAGGAGCAGCAAGACAGAAACAGCACGGCGGUGUCCGGUCCACAGCUGAUUGAGAAACUCAGCAAGCUGGCCACUGCUUCCGAGAGGUAUGAAGAGAAACGUCACAAGUUUCAGCGUUGCUCUAGAAAUGACUGGCGGUAUCAGACGCAGCCGGUAACUUACGAAGAGAUACAAGCAGCUGAUAGCAUGGAAUCAGUCAGCGCUUUUCGAGCCCUGGUACGCAAAAAGACGUCCAUCAACGCUUUCGAACAAAUCACUGCCGAGUCUUGUAGGGUUACUAAGCAACAGCUGCCCCCGUGUGGGAAAACUCUGGAAUUCCCUCAGCAUCUAACGCCGCCGCCCAGGCACGCUAGGCGGGGUCGUAUGUUGAGGCAUAGGACGCUGCCAGUUACAGCGGAUGAGCUCAAUGCAGUGCCGGAGCACCAGAUGCUGGUUACGGAUCCAGAAUGGCUGAAGCUGGACCGGGAUGGUCUUUACGACUCCAAAGCCGACUCCGGCAUCUUAUCGGGAUCUGACGCCGACAGCCUCAACAACGCGGACAGUUUACGCAGCUUGACCCAGGAGAUGGACGGGUCCGACACUGACCCGUCCCGUCUGAGCGUCACGGACAAGACCUCCAUUUUUCGGGUGCUGGAGGAGAGGACAAAGGCUGAGAAGUCAGCCAGCGGCGCCAAGAGGUAUAUCAACAGAAAAAAGCGGGAGCGAUCGCAGACUAUGCCCAUCACAGAGGAGGAGGUAAAGACGGCUUCAGAAAUGGGCAUCGGAGCGUCUGGUGUAGUGAACGACAGCAACAUGGGGUCGGCAAGUGUACCCCCGCCAGAGGUCGUCAAUAGGUCACGGUCAUCUAGCAUUACUGAAGAUGGCGACAAGGAGGUAGAAAGAGAUGAGGACGCGCUCACAAAACUGAGCCUCAGUGAAAAGGUCAGGCUGUUCUCCCAGCCGCGAACGCUCGAGAAGCAGCCGGCAAAGGUUGAAGCGCCCGUGGUGAGACGACGCAAUAGGAAAUUGGCAUCGCGGUUCAACACGCAGCCGGUCACAAAUGAAGAAGUAGAGAAAGCAGCAGCCUCCACUCGGAUCUCUCCACUGGCUAUGAGUUUGGUGAAGCCUCCAGAUACCGAGAUACUAAAGGGCCUUCCUUUGAAGGACCAGAGAGAGCUGAUGGCACAGCAUGCAGAGAUGUUUUUAUCCCAGUCUUCAUUCAGAUCAAAAUCAGGCUCCAGUUCCAGCUUGUCCCAGCCAUCUUCUCGCAGAGCUUCUGUCAGUCUGGCAGAAGAGGAAGCCAGGAAAGCUGAAAAAGAGGACUGGUCUGAGAAAGGUGACAAGAAAGGAAUCCUUAAAGACAAAUCUGCCUCUACCAAAGACCUUCAUGACACCAAAAGCAUUCUUAAAACUGAGCCAAUGAAAGCAAAAUCCGAAUCAGAAGUUCACAGCAUCUUAAAGAUGGAGGUGAAACACAUCGUGGAGCCAGCCCCGGUCACCUCAGAACCACGGGGUAUUUUAAAGAAGACUAAGUCUGAAGAUAUCAGUGUGAUAGAAGGCGGUGAUGAUAUUAAAGGCAUCCUCAAACAUACAGACAGUGAAGAAGAAGAAUGCCAAGGCAGGCCAAGAUCCCGAUCAAACUCCCAGCCAUUUGGAAUCCUGAAAACAGAAGGGCUUUCUCAGGCUAGUGAGCAUUCUGCUGAGAUCAAGAGUAUCUUGAAGGCACCGUCUCAAGAGAACGUGCAUGAUUCACAGACGAUAAAGAGUGCCAUGCGACGAGGGAGUAUAGAGUCUGAUAUUUCCGUGACAGCAGCUACAUCUGUGCUGAAAAGUGCCAUGAGAACUAGAAACAGAAGCAGCAUGGAGAUUGAUGACAUUCAGGCUGCAGGGGCAGAUGCCAAAAUCCUCAGCCAGGAGGGUGAUCUCAACUCUAACAAUUCAGUCAAACAUGUUGGUGUGAGCGUUCAAUCAUCGGAAGUUACCACAGACCAUUUCUCCAGUUCAACCUAUGCAAAGUUCACAUCAGCAGCAUCUACCACAGUCAUCAAAUCAUCCAGUGGAGUUGAAAGUAGGACAUCCUCAAGUACAUCAUCAUUGUUAUCAUCAUCAGUCACAACUAGUGUGAGUAGUCUUCAGAUUCCAGAAGGUUCUGAAGAUAGAGGGGGUCAGAGUGUCUCAGACGAUGGAGAAAGUAGCUCUGGGGAGAUUUUAGAAGGCACUCCAAGGACCUCAAAACUCAAGAGAAAGUCACGAUUUUCUGACAGAAAAGCUCAAGCAGAAAGAUACAAGACACAGCCACCUGAACUUACAGACCCUGCAUCUUCAGCGUCGACACCAGCAGACACCCCUGGCAGACGCAAGUACAAGUAUGAAGGAAGACACCGGACACAACCUAUCACACCAGAUGAGAUGAGGGAGGCAGAAGCAGCAACUCCUGUUUCCAAUUUAACUCACACACCUGGAGGGUCUAUAGCUGACAGAUUAAAUCAGCUAAAAACAAGUGGAGAAGAAGAAUGGAGGAAGCGAGUUGGUAGAAAAGAGGAAAUCCUGGCCACUCCAGAGGUCAUCAAACUCCGAGAGAAGCCAGGAUUGUCAGAUCAUAGACCCACCAGCAUUGCUGAUCGCUUGAAUGAGCUUGAAACAUCAAUGACUACCUGGAAAGAGAGGGUGGAGGAAAGCGAUGCUAAGCAGUUCACAGUAGCUGCCAGAUUGGCUCAGGGCCCCACAGACAGCCCACUUGUUAACAAGCUGAAAAAUCUGCCCAGAAAAGAUG